AUGCACAGCCCAUCUUGUCUCUUCAAGGGCUGUAGUCCAACUGACCGUUGGCCGGCCUUGAACCCUCCGGGCGGCUUAGCAUCAGUGAGUGAGCGUGUGUGGGUGUACCGGCGGUGUCUGUACUGCAACAACGGGGAGGCGGACGUCCAACUUAUCCACCAGUAUAAUAUUACCUCAGUUCCUCAACCUACUGACAACCUCUUCAGAGAACAAGUGAAAACCUUGAGGGGUCGAAAACUGAGGAUCGUGACAGUGCCUUACUUCCCUUAUAUGGACUUUGAACGUCGCACCGAGGAGCCCGGCGGCAUCAUCAACCCAAAGGACUCAGUAGAUACUCGUUUGAUUUAUGCCUUUGCGUCAGCACUUAAUUUCAGUUUCGAGAUUCGCGAGGAACCUGAACAAACAUGGGGCCGGAAAACAAAUGGCAGCUACAGCGGGAUGAUGGGUCAACUUCAACGCGAGGAGACGGACUUCUCUACUAUAUCGGGUGCUACGGCUGAACGUUUGAAAGUUGUGGAGUAUUUAAGGGGGUAUCCUUCCGAUCUAGUGACUGUGAUUUCUUUGAAACCCUCGCUGUUACCGCAAUACCUGUCACUAACCAGACCAUUUGAAGGAGAACUUUGGUUAGCGCUUAUGGUGAGCGUGGUAGCGUGGGGUGGGGUUAUGUGGAUACUGCAGAGGACAUGGCGGUGGUUUGCAGGCGGUCGUCGUGUAGAUUUCAGCACCACACUCUUGUAUGGCUGGGGCGCUCUUCUGGAGCAGCCUCCCCCAGUUCUGUCUGUCAGUAAUUCAGGAAGGCUGUUGGUGGGUUGGUGGCUGGUGUUCUGCCUGGUCAUCACCACGGGCUUCCGCUCAUCACUGGUCGCGCACAUGACAGUCCAGGGGAAGACGCUGCCUAUUGAGACCUUCGAGGACCUGGUGAAACAAGACAACUGGAAGUGGGGUAUUGAAGCGUGGUUAUUUAAAGGCGAACCUUUGGAUUACUUCUCCAAGCACACUGACCCGGUAGUACAGAAGUUGUACAAGCAUAUGGAGGUGCUUGAGGUAGACGAAGCCCUGGAGAAGGUACUGGAGGGCGGCUUCACACUAGUGGACUUUGACAACUAUGUUAACAUUAUCGUGGCCUCUCGCUAUACCGACGCCCGUGGCUACAACCCUUUCUAUGUCAGUAAGAAAGGCGUCUCCAUCGUAGCUGCCUUUGGAUGGAGUUUCCGGAGAGGAGCACCAUUCAUUCAUCGGUUUAAACAAUUGAUAACACGGCUGGAAGACACUGGUAUUAUAAGUUACUGGAUUGAGGAUGUGAUCGCCAGGCGCGUGAGGGAGAACAGGGCAGCUGCAGCUAUGGACGUCAGAUCUGCCAAAACAGACACAACACAGGACGACAACAAGGUGCCGUUGGGGCUUCACCACAUGCAAGGCGCGUUUUAUCUGUUAUUUCUGGGCUCCGGGGUCGCCUUACUCAUCUUGGUGGGGGAGACCUUCACCCACACUCCGGAUCAUUGCCUUGGUCUACUACAGUAAUCCCUUUGUUAGGACAAAAUUCAGAUUUUUUUUUCACUCAGUGACAAAAUUAGUUUUCCUUUUAAUAGUCAGUUUUGACAAGUAACCUCAAUUAAUUUUUUUUAGAACUGAAGAACUGAGUUUUCAUACCUGGUUCUACCAUUUUUGUUAUCGCCACCGACUUCCGACCUUCAUGUCCCGCAACAGUUUUACUUCGAUCACUUCAAGUCAAACUGUCACGUGACGAUGGUAUACUGGAAGCCGAACCAAUCACGAUAAAAAUGUUAAAGUUGUCCUCCAUUUGACAUAAAUAUAAUUUUUUCAUGAACCCAUGAAAGUUGAGCGUCACAUUUUUUAACAUCCUUCACUGUAAUUUUUGUUUGUUGAUGCGCUUAGUUUGGUUAUCAGAAGCAUUCAUCAUUAUAUAUGGGUAGUAUUUUCAGGGAUCCGUGUUGCAUUGCUGCAAAAUUGUGUUUACAUUCAUGACAUCAGGCAAUAAAGUUUAUAUGUAAGCAAAUAUCUUCGUAUUGAUAUCACUCAACUUUCUAGAACAUAUGUUCAUAUACAUUUGGAUACAUAUAUUAUAUUCCUUCACCAUUGCAUGGUAUUAUUUAUCGGUACUUAUUGAUUGAAUUUUAUUAUUGACUCAACGCCGAUACAUUUGUAACAUACAUCGCACAAUACGCGUAGAAAAG